AUGACAACUCUGCGAGACGAAACGCCAGCUCUCCCUUCCACCCCGACCUCAAGCGUCGAGAACCCGGACCUCGCACUCGACGCCGACCUUGAGAAGCAGCUUGAAGGCUCCGUAGGGCAGUCUUCGACGCACGACGGGGCCGCAUCAACUGACGUCGUCGUCAAAGGCGGCGAGCUCGUUAACGGCCGGCUGCCGCACGACGACCCGCUCAAUCCAGCUUCCUGGCCAACCGGCAAGAAGAUUGCAAUCAACUCCCAGAUCGUCGAUAUCGUACUCUGCGUCUGGGUACUCUCCCUCACCUACGCUUCGACCGCCUAUGUCGCCUCACUGCCCGCCUUGAUGAAGCGCUUCGACGUCAGCCAGGAACUCGCCAUUGCCGGUGUGACCUUCACCGUUCUCGGAUUCGCAGCAGGACCUCUGCUGUGCGCUCCUUCGUCUGAGCUCUACGCUUUCUCCUGGGGAGCCGCCUUCGCAAACAACAUCGGCGCCCUCCUCGUCUUCCGGUUCUUGAUUGGCUUCUUCGCCUCGGCGAGCAUCAAUAACGUUCCUGCGUCCAUUGGCGACUUUACCGUUCCUCGGACUCGAGGACCCUUUACCGUUCUCUAUGCUAUGUGCGCCUUCGGUGGGCCGUCGAUCGGACCCUUGCUUUCCGCUUUCAUCGAGAACGAUGCUGGCUUCCGCUGGAACCUCCGCGUCAUGGCCAUCUUUUCGACGGUCACCUCGAUCCUCGUCGCCUUCGUUCCGGAAACGCAUCAUCCUACCCUCCACCGCUGGCGACUCGCGAAGGAGGCGUCGGUCGAGGUCAAGUCUGGUGGAUGGCGAGUUAUUCUCGGCGUGUACAAGCAGGCGCUCGCUCGGCCGUUCGUCUUCCUCUUCACCGAACCCGUCGUGCUGUUCGUGUCGAUCUAUCUGAGCGUGCUUUACGGCGUCCUCUAUGGCUUCUUCGAAGCCUUCACCGUCGUCUGGCUCGAGAAGAGGCACUUCUCCAUCACCUCUUACGGCCUCACCUACAUCUCGCUCGGCCUCGGCUUCCUCGUCGGCGCAGUCGGCCUGAUCCUCGUAUCGACCAAAGCGUACACCAAGGCCCUCGCUGCUGCUCAAGCGCGCGGUCAAACAACAAUCCCAGCCGAGGCGAGGCUGACGCUCGGCUACCCGGGCGCUAUCACCGUUCCUCUCUCCCUGUUCCUCUUUGCUUUCACCGCGCCGUACCCUCACGUCCACUGGAUCGUGCCCUGCAUCGCCGAGUUCUUCUUCGGCUUGGGCGUCCUGCUCGUCUUCACGGCGUUCAUACCUUACUUGACGGACGUCUACCAAACGCACGCCGCGUCCGCUCUCGCGGCGGGUAUGGCUUCUCGUGCGCUCAUCGGCAGCGUCUUCCCCCUCUUCGCCCUCCAGCUCUACCACGCCGCGACCGUUCAAGGCGCAACCUGCCUCUUCGCCGGCAUCGCGUGCAUCCUCGCGCCCAUUCCUUUCGUGUUCAAGAGGAAGGGGCCGGAGCUGCGGCGGAGGAGCAAGUUUGCCGCUUAG